AGACUCAAGAAAUUGGUUCUCAAGAAUGGCGUCCAUAAGUUGGCGUACGAAGUGUUUGCAAAGGACCGGACACCGGAUCCAGUGCUCAAAACGUUAGAUAUGGUCGAUGUGAUCGCUAAGACGGGUAUGAAAUUUGAUCACUUGGUUUGGCUGUACUAUAACGGCCCGAUGGGUCCCAAUCCGGCUGAAAACCGUCAGAUUAGACUCAAGAAAGCAAUCCAGAAGAAUGGCGUCCAUAAAUUGGUGUACUCCGUGUUUGCAAAGGACUGGACACCGAAGCCAGUGCUGUCCGCAUAUAAGACACAACCGAUUGUCAGUUAUGCGGAAAAUGAAAUCAUUUGGUUUUUGGAAAACGUAUCGCACGGGUCGUCACUCUUUGAGUUCAAACAACUUGCGUCCACUCAUUUCACGUGGCGUUUAUACUUCGAUGAAAUGGACGCUAAUCCAACAUUUUUGUGGAAGAAAAUGAUAUCCGAAAACAGACUCAAGAAAUUACUUCAAAAGAAUGGUGUCUAUAAAUUGGUGUACUCCGUGUUUGCAAAGGACUGGACACCGGAACCUAAGUUGGAGUCAUAUAAGCCGAGACCAAUGGUAGGCUUUACACAAAAUGAAUUCAUUUGGUUCUUCGAAACGGUUCCGAAGGGCACCACAUAUGUUGAGGGGAAGAGGAAUGUGAUGCUGUUUUUCCAAUGGCUUUUAUAUCGUCAACAAACGCACGAAAUUCCAACAAUUUUGUGGACAAAAAUGAUAUCCGAAAAGAGACUCAAGAAAGCAAUCCAGAAGAAUGGCGUCCAUAAAUUGGUGUACUCCGUGUUUGCAAAGGACUGGACACCGGAACCAGAGUUGGAGACAUAUAGGCCUCAACCAGUGGUAAGCCUUACAAAAAGUGAAUUCAUGUGGUUCUUCGGAACGGUUCCGAUGGACACCAUAAAGGCUGUGGCCGUGAGGAAUGCGAUGGUGUUUUUCCAAUGGCUUUCAUAUCAUCAACAAAUGCACGAAAAACAUUUGUAUCAAAGACUUUGUGUCCCGAAAAUGAUGUCCGAAAAGAGGCUCAAGAAAUUAGUCCAGAAGAAUGGUUACUAUAAAUUGGUGUACUCCGUGUUUGCAAAGGACUGGACACCUGAUCCAACGCUGAGGACAUAUAAGCGGCAGCCGACCGCUAUAAUGACCGAACUUGAUCUGUUGGUUAUGAUCAAAAACAUACCGAAAGUGACCACAACCGCCGCCGUCCAUCGGAUCACUGAUGCCUACUUCGGAUGGUUUUCACAUUUACAACAAACGGACAAAUGUUUCACUCAUUUUAUCAAAGAUUGGUAUAAAGAGCACGAAAUGUACGAUUUGAUUCAAAUCGGGCCAAACGUGUCCCCGAGUGGCCACAUGUGA